UAGGUACGGUGAGUGACAUACAUAUAUUAUAGUUCCUCCAAAACCCCCCAUCAUUGACCCUUUGGAUUCAUCAUCUACUCUAUUUCUGGCUUCUUUCCUCCCCACUUCAUUCCCACACCCUCUGGUUGUGGAUCACUAACUGGUGGAGAAAUUUGAGGUUCUUUGCCUAAUUGCUGAGCAAUGGAGUUCUUGCAAGCGCCUGAGAUCCAAAUUGGCAUUGGUUUUGCUGUUGUCAUUGUUACCCUUGUUGCUUUCAUCCUUUUCUCCUCCAAGAAAACCAAAGGGUCCAUAGAUCCUGAAAAUUUUAAGCAAUUCAAGCUUGUUAAGCGCACACAACUUAGCCAUAAUGUGGCCAAGUUCAGAUUUGCUCUUCCUACACCUACUUCAGUCUUGGGACUUCCUAUUGGACAGCAUAUUAGUUGCAGGGGUACAGAUGGACAAGGUGAAGAGGUUAUUAAACCAUACACUCCAACCACUUUGGAUUCUGAUGUUGGAUAUUUUGAGCUUGUUAUUAAGAUGUAUCCACAAGGUAGGAUGUCCCAUCACUUCAGAGAGAUGCGUGAAGGUGACUAUAUGGCUGUAAAGGGACCUAAGGGGCGUUUUAGGUAUCAACCAGGUCAGGUUAGAGCAUUCGGAAUGAUUGCUGGUGGAUCUGGCAUCACUCCAAUGUUUCAGGUUGCUAGGGCUGUUCUUGAAAACCCUUCAGACAAGACAAAAGUGUAUCUCAUCUAUGCUAAUGUCACAUCUGAUGACAUCCUUCUUAAGGCAAAACUGGAGGGACUUACUUCUAAUUACCCUGACCGCUUCAAAGUUUACUAUGUAUUGAAUCAGCCACCAGAGGGAUGGACAGGUGGCGUUGGGUUUGUAUCAAAGGAAAUGAUCCAAGACCAUUUACCUGCACCUGCAUCUGAUAUCAAGAUUUUACGGUGUGGGCCACCACCAAUGAACAAGGCGAUGGCUAGUCAUCUUGAAGCUUUGGGAUAUGAAUCAGAUAUGCUAUUCCAAUUCUAAAUCCAAAACCUCCUAUUGAGAUUUGAGAUUUUGUUUCUUGUAUUUGGGAUUUUGUUAGUGGGAUUUCUAUCUAGUUGAAUAAAAUUUAGUUUUUCCACCUCUAA